GCAAUGUCGAUACUUUAUACUCAUAUAUUAGCGGUGUUCUACAUACCACGUACGAUAGUCGUUAAGAUAUGUGGAGUUUUUUUAGUUUUAAUUAUUGUCCUCCUACCAUGUAUUUUUUAUUUGGACGUAGACGUGGAUAUAAUGAUUCGCCGUAAGUCCACUUACGCGAACGAUACGGAAAAGAUAAAGACGAUAUUGUACUGGACCAAAAUGUUUUACGACAAAAACUUCUAUUUCGGCGAGGGUAAAAUAUUUCGCAAUUGUGCAGUGCCUACUUGUUACGGUACGCACGAGCGCGACUUUCUCGAGAAACUUGAAGACUACGACGCAAUACUUUUCCACGGGAUAGAAUUGAACGUAUCCGAUAUACCAAUCUCGAGAUCAUCUCGACAGCGAUACAUAUUUGUAAACAUGGAAUCUCCUGCGAAUUGGAGAUUAGACAAUAACUAUGUUCCGGAUGGGUUUUAUAAUUGGACCAUGACAUACAGAAUGGAUUCUGACAUUCCAAGACCUUAUGGCAACAUUGUGAAUAAAAAAACCAAAGAAAUUGUCUACCCUGUCAGAGACCACGAAGUCGUGAACCACAAGGAAGUCGAAGCUUAUGUCGAUCUUAUUAAAUCUAGAAACAGCACGAAACUUGAAGUGUCAAAGAAGUCUCCAGAUAAUUGCAAAGUGCGCACUGCUGCCUGGUUCGUUUCGCAUUGUAAUACAGUGAGCGAUCGUGAACGUUACGUUGCUGAACUACAAAGAUACGUCGAUGUUGACGUCUACGGUAAUUGUGGAGCUGGUAAGUGUCAGUCAAAUGACGACAGGUGUUACGAGAUGCUGGAAUCGAGGUACCACUUCUAUCUCUCCUUCGAGAAUUCCCUUUGCGAGGAUUACGUGACCGAAAAGCUCUACAAGGUCAUGAGGUAUAAUUUGGUGCCAAUAGUGUUCGGCGCUGCGAAUUACAGCAAGUUCGUGCCGCCGCGAUCUUACAUAAACGUCGCGGAUUACGAAUCGCCAAGGCACCUUGCACGACACCUACUAGACCUUAGGAGCAAUGACAUCGAGUACGAGAAGUACUUCUGGUGGAAGGAAUUUUACGAGGUUGACCUCGGACACGAUUCGACCCUUUGCAGAAUGUGCGAGAUGCUACAUAGGAACGAGAUGUCUUCCCCUGAAGUUAUAGUGGGGUUGAAGGAUUGGUGGACCAAAGGACAGUGUCGUGAUAGUAGAGAAUUUUUCAAAAAGAUAACCUGAUUCGAUAGAAAAUAACUUAGAUAAGCUUACGAAGUAGGUUAUAUACCGUAAAAUAUAAUUGAUUAUUUUUAUUUUUUAAUAACAGUGUAUAUUGAAUUGUCUGAUAAUAACGGCUGUAGCGAAAAAUUCCCAUUCUAUUUUUUUUCUCUUGUAAUACGAACUUGAUGGAAAUGUGGAAACUGGGAAUGACUCGAUUCCACUAUUCAAUGGACAAAGCCAAUAUUGACCGUAGCGCUGCACGCAUAUAUAAGUAAGUGUAAACGUAAAUAUUGAACGAUGUUCGGUGACGGGUACAUGUCGGUGUGAUCUGAGGGAGGGUAAAAAAAGAUGAAAUAUUUUAACAUCCAUACCGUCUCUUUCGUGGGAUGCCGACAAAAGGGGUGGGGGACAACAUGACAGGAAAACGCGACGGCAAAUAUUCCGACCAGAUAUGCCGUUUGAUAACGACGACUUUUCGGGAAAUGAAAAGUCGAUGGAUUUGGCAAACCCUUCGUGGACGAAUUUACGAGCAAUUACGAGUAAUCGGGUUAACGUGUUGUCGGGGUGCAACCGCACGUCAAACUUGAUUUUCCUGUCAAAUUUUCUACGCAUCGGUUGCCACGUGCACGCUUCGAUUAACACGUGCGGUAAAUGACGUUCGAGCGUUGUAAGAGUCGUCAAAUUAACUGUUUGAAAAUUGCGCAGAAGAAGGCCGAGGACAGAUUAACGUAUGACUUACGCCUGCUCGAGCAAGGACAUUUCAACAAUUUUCAUUCAUUUAUAAAAGCUACACAAUGGAAAUCUAAUGAAAUAUUUAAUGUACGAAGUGCAUUGUUUUGCAUUAUACUGAUGUAAAAAUAC